GAGCCAAAACUUCAAAGACUCCACCUAUAUUUUCUUUCCAGCUUUAAAACAUGGGUACUUCACCCGAAAUUACCAUGAUACUCUUUGUUGCUGUUGGCUGUUUCAUGGCCUAUCCUGAGGCUGUCACUGCAAAACACACAGGCAUUACCAGGCACUAUACCUUCAAUAUAAAGCCGAAAAACAUCAUUCGCUUGUGCCACACUAAGAGCAUUGUCACAGUUAAUGGGAAGUUCCCUGGACCUCGUGUUAUUAUAAGAGAAGGCGAUCGCUUAGUCGUUAAAGUAGUUAACCAUGUUCCAAACAAUAUCAGCAUUCACUGGCAUGGAGUUCGACAGCUUCGGAGCGGAUGGGCGGACGGCCCAUCAUACAUCACGCAAUGUCCCAUUCAAAUUGGCCACUCUUAUGUGUACAACUUCACCGUUACCGGUCAAAGAGGAACUCUCUUCUGGCAUGCUCACAUUUCAUGGCUUAGAGCAACUGUGUACGGACCGCUUAUCAUCCUCCCAAGGCGAAACGAAUCUUACCCUUUUGUGAAGCCCUACAAAGAAGUCCCGAUCUUGUUCGGAGAGUGGUUUAAUGCUGAUCCUGAGGCAGUUAUCAAUCAGUCUCUUCAGACAGGAGGUGGCCCUAAUGUUUCAGAUGCGUACACCUUCAAUGGCCUCCCAGGUCCAUUGUACAAUUGUUCUGCCAAAGAUACAUAUAAGCUGAAGGUAAAGCCAGGGAAAACAUAUCUUCUGAGGUUGAUCAAUGCUGCACUCAAUGAUGAGCUUUUCUUCAGCAUUGCGGACCACAGUUUAACUGUGGUGGAAGCUGAUGCAGUGUAUGUGAAGCCCUUUGAGACCAAUGUGUUGAUGAUAACACCAGGACAAACCACCAAUGUUCUUCUAAGAGCCAAAUCUACAGCUCCCAAUGUCACUUUCUUGAUGUUAGCCAGACCAUAUGCCACUGGCAUGGGCACCUUUGAUAACACUACUGUAGCUGGUAUUCUUGAAUAUGAAACACCAUCCAGUAGCUUAAAAAACAGGCCACUUCUUAAACCAGGCUUGCCUGCUAUCAAUGCUACAAAUUUUGUUGCCAAUUUUACAAGCAAAUUCAGAAGUUUAGCCACCGCCAAGUUCCCCGCCACUGUCCCACAAAAAGUAGACAAGAAGUUUUUCUUCACAGUUGGUCUUGGAACCAAGCCUUGCCCCAAAAACCAGACCUGCCAAGGACCAACAAAUACCACAAAAUUUGCAGCUUCAAUGAACAACAUCUCCUUUGCACUCCCAAGAACUGCACUCCUCCAAUCCCACUUUUUCUCCCAAUAUUCUAAAGGGGUUUACACCACUGAUUUCCCAGCUUUCCCUCUCAUUCCAUUCAACUACACAGGCACUCCACCUAACAACACACUUGUAAAGAAUGGCACUAAACUUGUGGUGAUACCAUUCAAUACAAGUGUGGAAGUAGUGUUGCAGGACACAAGCAUCCUUGGUGCUGAGAGCCAUCCUCUCCAUCUCCAUGGCUAUAACUUCUAUGUUGUUGGUCAGGGUUUUGGAAACUUUGACCCUGAAAACGACCCUCCAAAUUUCAACCUGGUUGAUCCUGUUGAAAGAAACACAAUCGGGGUGCCGUCUGGUGGUUGGGUUGCAAUCCGUUUUCAAGCAGACAAUCCUGGAGUUUGGCUGAUGCACUGUCACUUUGAUGUUCAUCAGAGCUGGGGCUUAGGAAUGGCAUGGGUGGUGUUGGAUGGAGAACUCCCAAACCAGAAGUUGCCUCCUCCACCCUCUGAUCUUCCCAAGUGUUGAGUUUUUUACUAUUCCUUUUUGGGACUUGAAGCAUCAAGCUUUACAUGCGUCCAUAAUUAACCAUAAGUUUUGGUUCCCUUUUAAAUCCUUGUUGGGAGAGUUUUGUUGUCAACUUAUGUAACGGUUUUGCUGCGUGUUAUUUUGUCUAAGCCAACCUUGGCAUUGAACAAAUGAGUGCUUUAAAAUUUUUUAUUUAAAUCUGCCUAACAAAAAUUGGUGGAGCUGGUUUUGUACUUGUACCAACCCAGGGUUUGAUUGCAAUUGUUGGGGAUAUAAUAAUUCCAAAUUUCAUCAAA